CAGCGAGCGGCGCCCGGGUCCGCAGAGGCGCCGGGUCCGAGCGCGCGGCGCGGCGGCGGGGAUCGGGGCUGGGGCGGGGACCGGGGACCCGGCAUGGCGCUGCGGAGGGGCGGCGGCGGGGCUCCGGGGCUGCUGCUGCUGCUGCUGAGCGCCGCGUGCUUGGUCCCGCCGAGCGCGCAGGUGAGGCGGCUGGCGCGCUGCCCCACCACUUGCAGCUGCACCAAGGAGUCCAUCAUCUGCGUGGGCUCGUCCUGGGUGCCCAGGGUUGUGCCGGGCGACAUCAGUUCCCUGAGCCUGGUAAAUGGAACGUUUCCAGAGAUCAAGGACCGAAUGUUUUCCCACCUGCCUUCCUUGCAGCUGCUAUUGCUGAAUUCUAACUCAUUUACAGCCAUCCGGGAUGAUGCCUUUGCUGGGCUUUUUCAUCUUGAAUACCUGUUCAUCGAAGGGAACAAAAUAGAAACCAUUUCAAGAAAUGCCUUCCGUGGCCUCCGCGACCUGACCCACCUCUCUUUGGCCAAUAACCACAUAAAAGCACUCCCAAGAGAUGUCUUCAGUGAUUUAGACUCACUGAUUGAACUAGAUUUAAGGGGCAAUAAAUUUGAAUGUGACUGCAAAGCCAAGUGGUUGUAUCUGUGGCUGAAGAUGACAAAUUCCACUGUGUCCGAUGUGCUGUGCGUCGGCCCACCAGAGUAUCAGGAAAAGAAGCUGAAUGAUGUGACCAGCUUUGACUACGAAUGCACCACGACAGAUUUUGUCGUUCAUCAGACUUUGCCCUACCAGUCGGUUUCGGUGGAUACAUUCAACUCCAAGAAUGACGUGUACGUGGCCAUCGCUCAGCCCAGCAUGGAGAACUGCAUGGUGCUGGAGUGGGACCACAUCGAAAUGAACUUCCGGAGCUAUGACAACAUUACAGGUCAGUCCAUCGUGGGCUGUAAGGCCAUCCUCAUCGACGACCAGGUCUUCGUGGUGGUGGCCCAGCUCUUCGGCGGCUCUCACAUUUACAAGUACGAUGAGAACUGGACCAAGUUUGUCAAAUUCCAAGACAUCGAAGUCUCUCGCAUUUCCAAGCCCAAUGACAUCGAGCUGUUUCAGAUCGAGGACGAGACGUUCUUCGUCAUCGCAGACAGCUCGAAGGCUGGCCUGUCAACGGUUUAUAAAUGGAACAGCAAAGGAUUCUACUCCUACCAGUCCCUGCACGAGUGGUUCAGGGACACGGACGCUGAGUUCGUGGACAUCGACGGGAAGUCGCACCUGAUCCUGUCCAGCCGCUCCCAGGUCCCCAUCAUCCUGCAGUGGAAUAAAAGCUCUAAGAAGUUUGUCCCCCACAGCGACAUCCCCAACAUGGAGGACGUGCUGGCCGUGAAGAGCUUCCGGAUGCAGAAUUCCCUCUACCUGUCCCUCACCCGCUUCAUCGGGGACUCCAGGGUCAUGAGGUGGAACAACAAGCAGUUUGUGGAGAUCCAGGCUCUUCCGUCCCGGGGGGCCAUGACCCUGCAGCCCUUUUCUUUCAAAGAGAAUCACUACCUGGCCCUGGGGAGUGACUACACGUUCUCCCAGAUAUACCAAUGGGAUAAGGAGAAGCAGCUGUUCAAAAAGUUUAAGGAGAUCUACGUGCAGGCGCCUCGCUCCUUCACGGCGGUCUCCACCGACAGGAGAGAUUUCUUCUUUGCCUCCAGUUUCAAAGGGAAAACAAAGAUUUUUGAACACAUAGUUGUUGACUUAAGCUUGUGAAAAUGUGAUGGGUGCAUUGAAAAGACACGCAGUGUUAGGUCUCAUGAGGGGACCGGGAAAAACAUGUACAAAGAAGCCAGGUUCAGAGGUCUGAAAUUAAAAACGCAUUGGGAAGUAGUUAGAAGUCUUCAAACUUGUAGAACUCACAUUUUAAUCAGGGAUUGCAUUUAUUGGCUAACUGCAUGACAUGUCCAUCCUCCCAUUCAAAAAGACAUCCUCAAGCCUAUAAUUCCUGAAAAAAAGAGUACAGUGUUAACUCUUACCAUCUAGGAAAGUGAUGUGGUUUUUUUUUUGUUUUUUUUGUUUUUUUUUUAAUGAGGAAGGAGAAAAUUGGGUAAGAUGGGACAGCUCUAAAAGUGAAAUUUUUAAAAA